AAAUAAAUUACAUACAAUUUUACCGAAAUAUGAAAUCGGGGAAGGGGAUAUAUAACAGGUCAACGUAACGGCUUUUUCCCAUCGCGAUCGCCGGAGCAAAUGGGUGGCGCCGCCGCCGCCGCCGACGACGACGACGCCGGCGCCGGCGAGCCCUCGCCGACGCCGAUGGUGGUGGAGGUCGUCCUCCGCACCAUCGGCCCCGCGCGCCCCACCACCCUCCGCCUCCCCUCCCUCAUCUCGGUUCGGGAUCUGAGGCGGAUGGUGGCGGCGGAGCGGGGGCUCCCGGGGGAGCGGCUGAAGCUCGUCCUCCGCGGGAAGACCCUCCUGGACAGGAAGGGCGAUGGGAUCGAAGACGUUGUUGUUCGGCUCGACGAUGGGGAUUGUCUUAUGGUAGCUGUCAUGCCUAAGCCACCGGCUAAGCAUCUUCAAGAGGAUGACGACGAUGAUGAUGAAGAACUGAAAUUUCAAAUUCCACAGACAACUAACUGGUGGAAACGGAAGAUUUUCUUAUUUCUUCGUGAGAAGUUGAGAUUGCCUGAUAUCCUGUUGAUGGCAAUUUUCUCUAUCAGUCUAAAGGUGUGGGCUUGCAUUAUCUUGUGGUUUUCAUUGGCUCCUGUUGCUCACAGAUGGGAUUUGGGGCCCAUUUAUAUACUUGGGACUGGGUUCUUAGUCAUUCUUCUGAAUCUUGGAAAGCGGCAACACGGGGAUCUAAGUGCAUAUUCUAUAUUUAAUGAAGGUUUCAGAGAGCUUCCCGGAACACUUAAUGCGGAACGUAUAGAUCGCGACAUUAGGGCUGGUCAGUUUUAAACUCUACAAUAGUGUGUUUGUACAAAGAUCAUACUAUGGACCAAUCUUUCUGAACAGCUUUAUCUCAGGGUCUUUUAGAAGUAAUUCUAGUUCAUAUACAUGCAGUUCUCAGAACAUUUUUGUGCAUUAGUGGAAGUGAAAUUUAAUGUAUAUUUUUAGUAAAGAUGUUGUCUUUAAUAUAUAUACCUCCUAGAUCAUGCUUACAACUCC